AUGCGUUGUUUAGGACACCCUCAGAGGAAGAAGGCGGAGCCCGACGAGACCGAGGUUCCUCGUCAGAUGAGGCGCCCGAAAGGGAUGCAAGGAAGGGAAAAGCGGCCGCGAGAUGGGGAUUCGCCCGAGCGGAUCAACGGGCAGUUCUCGCAAGGAAUCAUGGAGGACCCCUUACCUCGCCAUUACACCCCAUUGGCAAUUGGGGAAUACAAUGGGAGCACCGAUCCAGAUGAUCACUUGGCCAAGUUCAACAACGCGGCCACUCUCCACCAGUACACCGAUGGAGUGAAGUGCAGGGUAUUCCUGACAACACUUUCGGGACCGGCUCAAUGGUGGUUCACCAGGUUACCGACCGGGUCCAUACGUAGCUUCAAGGAUUUCCGGGCCGCUUUCCUGCACCACUUCACGAGUAGCCGUCAUCAUCAGAAAACGAGCGUCAACUUGUUUUCACUAAAGCAAGGUCCUCGAGAAGCACUCAGGGCGUACACCCAGCGAUUUAACCAGAUGGCAAUGGACAUACCAGCAGUCUCAUCAGAAGUACUGGUAAAUGCUUUCACGCAAGGGCUCGUGGAAGGUGAGUUUUUCCGAUCCCUCAUUCGUAGGCCCCCAAAAGAUUUCGCUCAUCUUCAAAAGAAGGCCACGGAAUACAUCAAUGUAGAAGAGGCACAAGCAGCCCGAAGGAAAGAGGUGCCAACCGAGCCUCAACAGGCGUCCGAUCGGAGGAGACCAAGCAACCACCAGCCUCCGACCGGUCCCAGGGCCGCGGGGUCACAACCGUAUACCGAGCCGAGAACGCAUGCAGUUCAUAUGGAGGCCGCCCAACUCAAGAAGGGCAAAAAGUGGACCCCGAUGUUCUGUAAGUUCCAUCAAUCAGGGACGCACAACACGUGGGAGUGCCGAGGCGACCCUAAUGUGCAUCGGCCCUCGCCCAAGGAGUAUAGACGUUGGUCGCCCACGCUGGAUCGACACCCCGAGCGCCGAAUCGACCGAAAAGUUGAGAGUCGAAGGGCUCAGGAGUCGCAGGAGCAUCGUCCUCGAGAAAGAAGCCCUGCCCGAGCCUCAGCCGAUCAGAACAGACAUUCAGCACGAGAAGAGGAGAAUAGGAGGAACGCUUCCUGGGGAGAAAUUGGGAUGAUCUCGGGUGGCCCGACCGGGGGAGAUUCCAACCGAGCCCGGAAGGGCCACGCGCGGCAGCUGACCAUCUAUGCUGUAGGAUGCAGCAAGGAGAAAGCAGAGGGGCCCGAGAUCAGCUUUGGCCCUAAGGACUUGGAGGGGGUCGAAAUCCCUCAUGAUGAUGCGCUGAUCAUCAAGGCGGUGAUCGCAAACUACACCAUCCGCCGGACUUUCAUCGACACAGGAAGCUCGGUAAACAUUAUUUUUAAACAAGCAUUCGAUUUAUUACAGAUUGAUAGGGCUGAGCUCCUGCCCAUGGCAACACCAUUGUACGGCUUCACUGGCAAUGAAGUCUUGCCAAUUGGUCAGACAAGAUUGGCCGUCUCGUUCGGAGAAGAGCCCCUGAUUAGGACGCGCACCACGAACUUCAUCGUGGUAGAUGUGCCCUCGGUGUACAACGUGAUAUUGGGCCGACCAGCUCUCAAUGAAUUUCGAGCGGUGGUAUCGACCUACUGCCAGAAGAUUAAAUUCUCGGUGGGGAAUCUAGUAGGCGAAGUGCGAGGGGACCAGGUGGCAGCCCGACGGUGUUAUGUGGAGAUGGUCAAGGCGGACGCUAAAGCUGCCAAGAAGUGCCCCUGA